AUUUCACACGCUUCACAUCGGGUUAGCUCAAUUGCUGACUCUUAGUUAUUACGCUCUGUUGCUGGCUCAGCUUCCACCCCUACACUAUCUAACUGCCCAGUAAACACAACGUCGAAGUCGUAACAAUACGACCUCAAAAUGGCCAAGUCAGACAGCGAGCUUGACCCACUAUGGCAAAAUCUUGAUUGGGCGAUUGGUCAGAUGUUGAUUAUGGGAUGGGAUGGCACUGAAGUAACGCCUCAAAUCAGGAACCUCAUUGUGAACCACCACUUAGGUUCCAUCAUAUUGACAGCUAAGAAUCUCAAAUCUGCUGAGCAGACCGCUUCUCUAGUCCAGGAGCUUCAAACAAUAGCCCACCAGGCUGGUCAUCCUGAGCCGUUACUGAUUGCGCUUGACCAAGAGAAUGGAGGUGUCAACAGUUUGUUUGACGAGGAUUAUAUCUGCCAGUUCCCUAGUGCCAUGGGCGUUGCUGCUACCGGGAGCACAGAACUAGCCUACAACGUAGCAAAAGCUACAGCCACUGAGGUUUCCGCUGUUGGGGUUAACCUCAUUCUAGGCCCUGUAUUAGACGUACUAACCAAUGCGCGUCACCAACCUCUCGGGGUUCGAGCUACUGGGGAUGAUCCCCAAGAGGCAUCUCAGUUUUGUAUCGCUGCCAUCAAUGGGUUCAAAGAUGCGGGAGUAGCUACGUGCGGCAAGCAUUUCCCGUCUUACGGAAACAUUGAUUUUCUGGGCUCUAGCUUAGACAUGCCUGUCAUCACUCAGACUCUAGAAGAGCUAAGCCUGAGUGCCCUUGUGCCGUUUCGAAAUGCGAUAAGCGCCGGGCGUCUUGAUGCCAUGUUCGUCGGUGGAUGUGGAAUCCAAAACGUUGGCAUGAACGUUACGCACGCCUGCCUCUCGGACCAAGUCGUAGAUGACCUUCUGAGGAAUGAGCUUGGAUUCAACGGCGUUGCCAUUUCGGAAUGCCUCGAAAUGCAAUCCCUCAUCCAGGAAUAUGGUGUUAAGGGAGGAACCGUCAUGGCCGUCGAGGCGGGAAACGACCUCGUGCUCCUGUGUAGAGCCCACGAUGUACAAUUGGAGGCUAUAUCUGGUUUAAAAUUAGGCGUCGAGAACGGGAUCAUCAUGAAAGAACGAAUUUAUACUUCACUGAAGCGAGUAUUGCGAAUGAAGAGUGUGUGCACAUCUUGGCAGAAGGCCCUUAAUCCGCCCGGGCUGUCUUUGCUAUCUAAGAUACACCCGUCGCAUCUUGCACUCUCACGGAAAGCCUAUGACCACUCCGUUACUGUCGUCCGAGACAAGGAGAAUCUGCUUCCUCUCUCGCAGAGUUUGCUCCAGGAAGAAGAGCUCUUACUAUUGACACCACUAGUAAAGCCCUUGCCAGCCUCAGCAGCCACGAAGAGCUUGCUAGAGAAGGGCGCCACCAAAGCCUCAUCUUUACAUGAUAAAUUCACUCACCAAGAACGCGGGGCGAUUAUGAGUGGAGAAGGUGUUUUUCGAGAACUGGGUAGAUCUAUAGCCCGGAUGCGUAACGGGAAACUACUCCAUACAUCAUACACAGCAAAUGGACUUAGACCAGUACACGAAAAUCUCAUCAACAGAGCAUCUGCAAUAAUCAUAGUCACCGCCGAUGCCAAUCGAAAUUUAUAUCAGACGGGUUUCACAAAACAUGUAGCAAUGAUGUGUCACAUGCUUCGUGGCACUGGUCAGAAGAAGUCUCUCGUCGUGGUCGCUGUUAGUUCCCCAUACGAUUUUGCAAUGGAUAAAUCCAUUGGGACGUACGUUUGCACCUUUGACUUCACCGAGACUGCCAUGGCUUCUCUGGUCCGCAUCCUGUAUGGAGAGAUAACCCCGCAGGGGUCAAUGCCAGGGACAAUGAGAAAGAGCAAGAAGGUAUCCAAGACGAGACAGCAAUGGCUCGUCGAAGACUACGACCGUGAACGGGACAGCUCUGCCCUAGAGGAGCUCUUGAGAACAUUGGCGCGCUCUAGCACUCCAAGCCUGCCAUAUCUUACGGCAGGGGCCCAUUCGUUUGAAUUGUUUAAUCCACAUGUUGAAGAGGCACACUACGUCGUUCGGAAUAGCAGUACAAAAACUUUGUACGGGUUCAUAGCGACUUACUAUACGAAAGGCAUUGGCGCUAUUGGUGCACUAUUCGUUGACCCAGUGAAGCGAAAUGUAUCGAUUGGUAGAUCGCUACACCGUCGUGCGAUGCGAACGUUACUUCAGAAGCAGGGUAUUCAGAAAGUGCAACUUGGCUUCACGUUCCCGGGUGUCUUCCCAGGAGUACCUGUAGAUGAAAGUGGAAGCAACAAGAGCUGGUUUGACAAUGUCGGGUGGGACACGCAGUUUCCCAAACGACUGACCAAUAUGGCCAUCGAAGACCUUGGGACCUGGACAGCACCGGAAGGUCUUCUACAAAGCAUCCAACGAGCUAGUAUAAGCUUUGAUCUGAUACACGGGUUAGACAACGCCGAGUCGGUGCUCAGCCAUGUAGCCACAUAUGCAGGACCCGAAGUCGUGGAACUCUACCGGUUUGCCUUACAAGAAACCAACACAAGCGGAGUGGUCCGAGCCAAGAACUCGAUGGACAACUUGCUGGGAACAGUCAUCAUCUGUACAGCUGCGAGCCGCUUGUCAACAUUCAUCCCCCCGCUUCACUCAGCCAACGGCGAAAAUAUAGGUGGCAUCAUCGCCCCAAUUGUGCCAUCUACCACUCAAUCAGCCUUGAUUAUGCAGGGAUUAGCAUUCAUGGGCGUGAGACAGAAUAAGGCGCACAAGUCAGCAAAGAGCGUGCUAAGCUGGGUUCUUAACGAAGCACACGAGCCUCUUGCGGCUAUGGGUUUCGAUGUUCAACAGACAUUUGAUGAGAUUACAAAUUCCCCGGAGAAUGUAAGUUUCCAGCGAACCCGAAUCUCUGUAUAGUUGCUUACGACCGUCUGUAUGGAUAGUGGUCUGAUUUGAGUUGAGCGACUACUCUUACAUGGGAGUAUGCCCCCUUUCUCCCGUUUAUUUUUUAAGGAGAGGGAGGGGGGGAAGGGGGUAAAGGAUUUGUAGUACAACGUGCUCUGCUCCAAACAAAGGGUUUCGACACAUGCUCUUGUCCUUGUGAUUUUAUAUUCGGGGUGAGAGAGUCGGAGUUAGCGGCAGAUGAAAUUUGUUCCCGACCAAUCACGAAUCGAACAUGUCGGGAUUUAGAUCCUAAAACGCACGCUACCAGUCAAUCGUCGAGCUUUAAGUCUUCAGCCAUCAUUCUGCCUGUACCCGUUUCAAAAAUAGAACUGCGGCGGCAUACUACAUAC